AUGGGAAUCUGUGGAUCUAAGUCAAAGGCACCUGUUCCAGAAGAAAUACUGGAAUUACCUUCCCCUACUUGUAAAGUAUUGCCAUUACUGAAUGAUUUUAGCCAGGAAAAACAAAUUUAUGAAGACAGAGAUGAGUGCUGCUAAGUCAGAUCAGAAUAGAGAAGAGUGACCAAACUCUUGAAUUCAUAAUCCCAGCAAGAUGAAAAGAUGAAGUAUUAUGAGAAUAUAAUCACUUAAGCUAAAGGAGACAUUCAAGAUGAGGAAUAGAAUACUGAGGAAAAUCAUAACAUAGUUUCUAACCCUGAGGAGUCAGAGCAUACUCCAAAUCUAGUUCCUGAAAUCUCAGAUUUCAAUAUACUCCAUGAGACUGAACAUGAGCUGAAUGUGCAGGAGGAAGAUGAGCUCAGAGAAUUUAUUACGAAUCUAGAAAAUGAGAUAGUUCCUGAAGAUUAUUUGAUUGUUGAUGAAUCAAUUGAUGAAUAAGAAUCAUUCAAUUAAGAAGAAGCCUUGAAAAUUCUAACUGAGCUAGAAAUACAACAGCCAGCUGCGAGUGCCAAAAAGAAUAAGAUUAUCUUUAAUUUAUCACAGUAAGAUAAAAAUCUGGUGAUUUUCGAAUCUGCUAUAUCAAAGUAUCAUGCUGGAGUGAAUCUGACCUUGAUCGAUAGAUGGUGUACAGUUACCAAAUAGGGUUUCGCUUACUAUAAAAAUUAAUGGUCAUCAAUUGGACCAACUUCUAAGCCAAUAUCCUAUAUCCCAAUAGAGACGAUCAAGACUGUUUGUCGAGUGAACUACAAACUGGAGGAUAGCAAAAAGAAGCUUAACUCAGGCGGCUAGAAAUUCUUUUAAUUGGAGAUAUUUCUGAAGAAUGUUGAAAUAAAAGCAUCAUAAAAUGAGAUCUUAAGUCAAAGCAUAAACCCCCUAGCAGCUGGACUUCUUGGUGGACUUUCUCCUUUGAAAAACAGAAUAAAGAGUGCUGUGCAUAAAAAGCUUAAGAUAGCCUAAGCUCGAUAUAUGAAUCCCACCAAGGGUCAGAUAAUGAAUUAGAUCAGAAGGCAGUCAACAUAGAACAUCGGUGAUCUUCAUCAGUAAAUAAAACUAGAUAGCUCUCUCAUCGGAUAGGUACUUGAUAAAAAGUAUCUGCUCAAGAUGCAAGCUGGAAACCACAAUAAGAAAGUGAAUAGACUUUCAUAUUAGAAUAAGGAAUAAGCCGGAGAGGAUCUUACUGCCCUUGAUCCUGAGAUUCAAACUCAGAUAGAGGAUAAUAUUGUAGCUCCGACUAAUGUCUCAGAUAUUAAAAUCAAGUCAGCUGAAACAUUUUCAAAGUCAAUUAGCAGUAAUUAAAAUACCUUACAAUAACUUUUAUUUAUAGAUACAAAUUCUCUGACUAACAGACAAUCGCUGAUGACAGAAUCAGAAAAAAGAUUACUCUUCGUGACUUCGAAUGAAAACUUGUGCGAUACAUGGGUUUGCCUACUCAACUAUGUCAGACUAAGUCAAGCCAGAGAUGCAAGAAGAAUAAUGGAAUAAGAUGACUCAGAUGAUGAUCUGGAAUGA